CACAGUUCAGUUAGCUGGUUCUCUACUGAUGUAGUAACAUGAUUUGCAGAUUAUUGACAGAAGAUCCUAAUCAGAGACUUGGAGCUAGUGGAGCAUCAGAAGUGAAGAAACAUCCAUUUUUCCGAGAUAUUAAUUGGGACACACUUGCGAGGCAGAAGGCUGCAUUUGUUCCUACCUCUGAGAGUGCAUUGGACACUAGUUACUUCACAAGUCGCUACUCAUGGAAUCCUUCAGAGGAACAGGUUUAUGCAGCCAGUGAAUUUGAGGAUUCCAGUGACAAUGGUAGCAUGAGUGGUAGCAGUAGUUACCUAAGCAACCGCCAUGGUGAACAGGAAGAUGAAUGCGGGGGUCUUGCAGAAUUUGAUUCAGGCUCUUCUGUCAACUACUCCUUUAGUAAUUUUUCAUUCAAGAAUAUCUCCCAGCUAGAAUCAAUCAAUUAUGAUUUGCUCACUAAAGGUUGGAAAGAUGAUCUGCGGGACAAAUCCUAAUCCACAGCUAUGGAAUCUUUUCUUCUGUCAAAAUCCAAGAUUGGUUUUUUACCAUUGGAUAAGACUUUGUAAACCUUGUAAAUAGAUAGAAGCAACUUGAAGAGUGAAGACUGUAACUUCCUUGGGAUGUGCUUCCCUCACAUAGGCAACCACUCCACUCUCUGGGGUUCCCAAGUUCUGAUUGAGUUAAUUUAUAUAAUUUGGGGACUGUAUGUAUCUUAAUGUACAUGCCCCCGUGUGGGUUUGCAGUUUUUGGUCUUUGAUUGUACCCUUGUAAUGCGGUAAUGAGAACACAUCCCUUUUUUCAUGUCUAAACUUCUUACACACAUAGGUCACAUUAUUGUACAAGCUCCCUUGUUUUAGCAGCCGAAAGAGGGAAGUAGUAGGCCGUUUUACCCCCAUUUUAUAAAAGGUUGAUUCUCAAACUCGAACUUGCUACUUGUUGCUUGGAUCAAUGAGUACCACCCUGGUUUGAACUCUACAUGUUGAUGCCUUCCACUGCAGGGUGUUGCCUUUUUGUUUCUUCUGAGGUUUUGGGGUUGGGCUUGGUGUGGUGUAAUUAGGGGUUAGGCUUUUGUUUGGG